GAGAGUGAUAGCUCUGGAGGCAUUAGUGAUACAGAGAGUUGGAUUUUUUGUGGCCAUCGUUAUGGAUUUUAAAUACUUGCUUGUGGUAACAGUCUUCAUGAUGACUGCCAGAGGCUCGCAGUCGAAUCUACUGACGCUGGUUCAUGACUUGGUGCAGAAUAACGUCGCUGGCAUCCCAAUUAUUCAUGAGAAAACAGAAUGGGACUUUGACCCCAACGACGGAAAAAUCCGAAGGGUACAGUACGAAGCGGUGAACGGAUGGCGAGGCCAGGACCUGAUAAAUCGUUUGGGUGGCAGUGCUGGAUUCAAAGGUCCAUGGGGAACUAAAGUGCAACAGGCUAAGCCAGACCUGCGACAUGUCAGAUAAUCCCUCAGAUCAACAUCAAU